CCCGGCCCCGCCGCCCCUCAGCCGGGGCUCGAAGGAAAGUACAAAUUGAGACAACUCAGUAGCUAUGAAAAAAGGCAAGAAGAAAGAUGUCAAGAAGAAAGAUGCCAAGAAAGAUGGUAAAAAGGCAGCUGGUGGUGAGAAGUCAGAAGAAUCUCUAGGUACUAGAACUGAGAGUAGCUUAACAACACUGCCAGACUUGCAGAAUGAGUCAGUGAAUGAAGAAACUCAGGCAAUUCCAGAGGCACAAGAUAACGAGCCAGGGGUAGAGGAACCACCAGUCCAGCGUGUUCCCCAGAUUCAUGAGGAGCCUCUUCUUGCUCAAGUGAUUAUAAAAAGCUAUGAAGGUGAACUCUAUGAGGGCCAAGGAUUUAUGUGUUUUGAGGGAGGAAAUACAUACAAGGGUCUAUUUUCUGAAGGGCGUAUGAAUGGAGAAGGGACUUACACAUGGGCUGAUGGAGUAAAGUAUGAGGGAACAUUUACUAAGAAUAUGCUGAUGCAUAAUGGCCGUUACACCUGGAAUGAUGGCAGUGUUUAUGAAGGAUCAAUCAAAAAUGGACUUAGGCAUGGAUAUGGAGUUUUCAGAAGUGGUACUCAUCCAAUUUCUUACACUGGUUAUUGGUGCAAUGGCAAAAGACAUGGAAAGGGUAGGAUUUGUUAUGAUCAGGAACAGACCUCCUGGUAUUCAGGUGAAUGGGUAAAUAAUGUCAGAGAAGGAUGGGGAAGGAGACGCUACAGAUCUGGAAAUACCUAUGAAGGUCAGUGGAAGAAAAAUCUACGACAUGGAUAUGGAACAAUGAUAUGGCUGACAGAUAAUCAAGAGUAUGCAGGACAUUGGGAGUGUGGCAUACAGAAUGGUUCUGGCAUCCACAUAUGGUUUUUGAAGCGAACGGAAAUGUCACAUUAUUCUCUGCGGAAUGAAUACACGGGUGAUUUUGUAAAUGGGGAGCGCCAUGGGUGUGGGACGUUUAUUUAUGCUGAUGGAACCUUGUACCAUGGAGAAUGGGUGCAUAAUAAGAAGCAUGGCAAGGGCACCUUUGUCUUCAAGAAUGGUGAAGUUUUUCAAGGAGAGUUUGUAAAUGAUCAUCCAGUGGAAUGUCCUGCUCAUCAAGGGACUGCUGUGAAAGGCGAAAAUCUGAGAGCCACUAGCACAAGAAGUCAUUCUGCAACUAGAAAGACCGCAAUCAUCAAUUCCUUGGGAAAGAUGUUUACUCUGGGAUCAGAUACUGAUUUGGAUAUAUCUUCACUGCUUGAAUUGUUGCCAAGAGAAGACAGAGAGGAAGAAUUGAAACAAGUAGAAUUGGCUGUGUUGAAGCAUAUUUCAAGACUGAGAAAAGCCUACUACUUCUACAGUACCUUAGGCUGCAAUCUUUCUCCUGAUGGCACUUAUGUCCUGACUAAGAUGCAGUUUUGGAGGUUUCUGAAGGACUGCGAGUUUCAUCUCUCCUCUUUAACUCUCGCUGAAAUGGAUCGGCUCUUGGGAGGUAAAAAACAACCUAAGGAUUGUCAUUGUCUACAUGAGGUAUUCCUGUUCAGAAAAUUUGUAUCCUCCCUUGUUCACCUGGCAUUUUAUAUCUAUCAUGAAGAGUACAAGGACGAAGUUCCUCAUCUGCAGAAAUGUUUCUGCAAGAUGAUGUCCAGUAAUGUUCUGCCCUCUGCCUGUCAAGUCCAAGGUAUCUUAUAUUCUGGUGAAGAAUUCACAUCUUUUGCCUUUAGCUACAUUCACAAAUGCUGGGAAAUAUACACAUAUUUCUGUAGACCAUAUUCCAGACCUCCAUUUGGAUCCACAGUGAAGCUGAGGCAAUUCCUCUGGAUGUUGGAUGAUUUUAAACUUCUCAGUGAACAAUUAACUGCUCCAAGAGUUUUGGGAAUAUUUGUCAAAAUUGGUGCCUCUCUACCUAGCAUCCGUGGUGUCAACCUGGAGUUGGAGAUGGUUUUUCUCGAAUUUUUUGAAGCUCUUCUUGAAUGUGCAUUGGUGUAUGUAACUGAGGAUAUGAUCCUGAAGAAAGAAGCUCAAGAUAAUCAGAAAAGAAGUAGCUUUGAAAUCAAGAAGCUAUCCAAGGAAAACUCAGCUGUGUCUCUCACAGGACAUUCUCCACCCCAGCUACCGAGACCUUGUGAAGACACAGACCCUGCUCAUCAACCUUCUCUACUGGAAACUCUUCUCUCAUUUCCCAUAACUCCUGGAGAAAGCAAAGACGAUAUGUCAUUGACCAACAAGGAUAUAAAGGAAGAACAAGAUUCCUGUCCAGAAAAUGAAUUGACAGAUGAAGAAAAAGAAGAUAAAGAUGAAGAAAAGGAGCUAUUUAGUCUCUGGAUCUGUCAGGUGGAAAUCUUUUUCCUAACUAAGUUAUUCCCUGCUUUUGAGCAUGAAAGAUUGCUGAGGGAUAAAAUAAAAGAAAAAAAAAAGCAGGAUGCUGAAUUAGCUCUUCUGAGAAAGAUCCAGGCUGAGGAGCUGGAAAGACUUAUUGCUGAAAAAGAAGUAGAAGAGGCUAAAAGGCAAGAAGCAGCUGCAGCAGAAAGGGCACUUGCCUUGCAGAGUGCAGCAUUAGAGGGGAGUGUCAAGCCUGGAGAGGAGCCUUGUGAAAUAAAGAUACAUCUUGGGAUAGAGUCCUCUCCUGGAGAGGUCUCUAGCUGAAGAAAGAGGCCCCCAAGAGAGAACCCUCACCAAAGAAGCCCAGAAGGCAGCGCCCACAGGUACCAAGGCACCUGCUCACAAAAAGAAAAAUAAAUAAAUCAUCUGCUGGCAACUGCUGAAGCUUCAAGCAAGUACUCUUCAAAUAAGAAAAAAAAACCAAACCAACCCC